GGGAGUCUGCCGUGGAUCUGACAAAAUCCUUAGCAGCCUACCUACUGCUUAAAAUUGGAUCGAGCGUUUAUUUUACAUGCAUCCGAUAAUCAAGUCACGCUGAGCUCGAUGAAGAUCACUAAUGUUAAUCUAUCUCGGGACCUCGAUGCACGGAUAGCCUAGCGGGUCGUAUUAUACAUUUCGGCCGUCUAUCUGGAUCGAAUAGCGUACAACGGCCCGUACCAGUUCAAGCUGAUGUUGUCAAGGACAAGAGUCACGUGAUGUAUGAAGGCAAACACAUACAUUUCUCAGAGGUGGACAAUAAGCCCUUGUGCUCGUACAGCCCGAAGCUUUGCAAGCAACGUAGACUCAAUGGCUACGCUUUCUGCAUCCGGCAUGUUCUGGAAGACAAGACCGCCCCCUUCAAACAGUGCGAAUAUGUGGCCAAGUAUAACAGCCAGCGGUGUACCAACCCCAUCCCGAAGUCAGAGGAUCGCAGGUACUGCAACAGCCAUCUGCAGGUUCUCGGCUUCAUCCCUAAGAAGGAACGCAAGAAGAAACACGAUGCUUUGGAGGAAAUGCGUUCACGGGCUCACCUGGAGUCGGUGGCUCUGAACAUAACGGUGCCCUCUUUACCUUUACCUUCCAACGGUCUAAACGAACUUCCGCCAUCGCCACCCUGUACGCGUCUGCUAGCCCUUCCCGAUGGGGAACUCCUGGAUCCGUUUGCCUUCUACGAGGACGACACCGACGGAGAGGAGAUGGGUCCCUCUCGUAAAAGCAACGCCAUCAAGAAGAAAUUGCAGAGUCGGCUGGUGCUGAACCAGAAAAUCGGCCAGGACGCGGACCGUUUCCAGACACCUUCUGAGCACUUUAGUCCCUCCCCAGUCUCCCGCGUCCACCCCUCCUCGCCGCUCAACACGCACCCCACACGGCAGCAGUCAGGUUUUCUCCAGCCGCCUCCUCAGCAGGGUCUAUUAUGCAAUCCAGCACCACCUCAGACGGUCAACUUCUUGCCUCCUGGGAUACCAGUCAAUGCAACACCCAGUCCUGCGCAGCCACCAGGGCCCUCGCUCAGCAGGAAAACACCUUUUGCUUCCAAUCACAUGGUGGUCAUGCGACCCGCCUCCUACUCACCGUCAGCCCGCUGCCUGGCCAGGUUGCGGCAUCUGGUACAGCUCUGUGCCAAGAGACACCGGGAAUACGGAGACCUCUUUCCUUAUUUAGGACUGGACUGGUCGGAGGACAGUGCUGAUAACGACGACGAUGAUGAAGAAGACGAAGCAGAGAGAUUUAUUCCUGGCCUCAGCACUUGGAGACCACAGAACGGGUUGGAGGACGACACGGGUUCCCCGCGGAGAACGCGCCUGCUGAGGCUUUGCUCGUACCUGCAGCAGAAGUACAAGCACAUGUGCAGGCAGGAGAGGGCGAGUAUCCGCCAGAAGAGGUACCGCUACGCCUUCCGCAAAGCCUUGCUGCACGCCGCCAGUAAGAACCCAGACUGCGCCGGGCAGCUCAUCCAGGAGUUACAUGGUUCUUCUCAAAGCCCCUCAAGUGCUGGAUCGGAACAUCACCACAGCGGGGCUCCUGCGACACCCCAGAACACAGACGCGGGGAUGUGCAUAGGCAGGACAAAAGACCAGGCCUGUGACAACAGAGCGCUGCCCUUCACGAAACACUGUUUUCAGCACAUUCUGUUGAAUCGCUCCCAGCAGCUGUUUGCAAGCUGCACAGCCAAGUUUGCAGAUGGUCAGCAGUGCUCCAUUCCUGUGUUCGAUAUCACGCAUCAGACGCCACUCUGUGAAGAGCAUGCCAAAAAGAUGGAUAACUUCCUACGAGGGGACGGCAAUCGGCGAGUGCAACACCACCACCACCACCACCAGCAACAGCACCAGCGUAAGCCGCGCAAAAAGACCAAACCACCGGCACUCACCAAAAAACACAAAAAGAAGAGGCGAGUGGCGCGGCGGCCUCAGAAACCUAUUCCUCCUGCUAUGCCUCAGGGGUACUUGGGAAUGCCCUCUAUGAGCCUCGCCAUGUCCUCACAGGCCAGCAUUAGGAGCCCUUCGACUCCAGACCUGAGUACGGACGAACUUCCCGAUGACAUCACCAAUGAAAUGGAAGACAUUCCAAACGACCUUGAGCUAAACCAGGAGGAUUUUUCUGAUGUUCUACCAAGACUACCUGACGAUCUUCAGGAUUUCGACUUGUUUGAAGGCAAGAACGGGGAGUUGCUGCCCACCACAGAAGAGGCCGAGGAGCUGGUGCGCGCCCUGCAGGCCAUGGGGUCCUACCCGGACUCCCUGGUUUGUCUGACCUCCAUAGGAGACCUCACCCCGUCAGAAGGAGUGGACCACCGAGCUAUGACCGUCUUUCCCGGUGCGGUCCAGCCGGGGGUCAUUGGGGACAUCCUCCACAGUCGCCUCCCGACAGAGAACUUUCCUAGCCUGGAGUUGGAGGACAAUAUAUUGCAGUCCACCGCGGGCCACUUCCCCCCCUCGCCACCAUCUCAGCCCACGGACCUUCCCCAAACGUCAUCCGCAGCUUCGGUAGCCCCCGCGACCAGCUCCCUGCUCACUCAGGCCUCCGAGCGGACGUUCGCCCGCACGCGGACGCCUCACAUCCUGGCCAAGUCGGACGCGGCGACAUCAUCCCCCCAAGGCAGCCACUACAGCAGCGAGCACGUGGCGUCCCCGUACAGCGACCAAAUACCCUCGCCCCAUGCUAGCCCAUUCCAGACAGACGCCCCCCUCCUGCUGGAACCGCCGCGCUCGUCAUGGAACAAUCUACCCCUGCCCCUCGCCGACCCGGCGCAGUUCGGGAAUCUCAUGGCAUCGGAAAGUCAUCUCAUAUCAACGUCGCUGUCCACCCCCCCGGCCGGCACCCACUCCGUCAACUCUGUGACGCUGCAGCCUCUGGCCGCGCUCUCGGCCCUGCCUCAGAGCGGCCUGACGGGCUUGACCGCACCCCCGGCGCCCCCCUCCUCGUCCUCGCACGAUCCCCUGACCUCCUUGCAGCCCAAGCAGCAGCUCCCGCAGUUCAGCGCGGUCUUCGGUCACCAGUUGGCCUCGCACAGCGGCAUCCCCAACGACCUGCAGCCCAGCCACAGCUCCACGGCGCCACCCAGCGGCUUCUCCAUAGUUAGUGCCACCACUGCAAGUGCCAACAGCGCCUCCACCUCUUUCACACAGAGUAAAUGAGCGCAGGUGACUACGGCAAGCCGUCUGAGCAUUUGUUCUAUAUCCUUGAUAUCUGGCUUGAGGUAUUAUUAAAUAAUUAAAUAAAUAUUCAUGAUUCAUCACACCAAUUAGUGCCCCGAACUACUAGUGAACAACUAGUGCAGAGUUUUGCCUGACUUGUGACAUGAUGUCAAGGACAUCCAUCUCAAGGUCAUGCUAGUAUGCCAAACGUGGCACCAGAUGGGGAAAAAUAAACAUUACUAGUAAGACAGUUGUUCUACUUGUGCGUCUUAAUUCUAGUAGUGCGCUGAAUUUCUUACUAGUGAGGACAAAUAGUUUACUAGUACGUGGAUCUUAUGAAGCAUAUCGAAGAAUUGCUCAAACAGCUUUCCAUAGGCAACGCCACACCUUGAACCUUCUCGACUCAGUGAGGUAAUGGUGCACACAUUUGAUCAGAAAUUUGCCAAACGAGUCAUCACAGAUGUUCACAGUCCAGUACCUUGACUUACAAGCGCACCAACUUAACAGUUUGCCGAGAUUUCUUUUGUUUUGUUUUUGCUUUGUGUUGCAAGCCAAAAUUUGAGGUUCCGAACGAGCUUCAGAUACACCGCGACACCCAUUCAGCAUCCUGCGUCUCACUCACAAUUUGAGAAACACACGGCAAGCAGUUUCCGCAUUGAUUUGAUAUCCAGCUUAAGGUCUAUGUAUUAGUACGCUCUUUGUCCUCACUAGUAGAAUGACUGUCUUACUAAAAACGUUUAUUUCCAUUACUAGUGACACUUUGGGCCGACUAGUGAACUUAAGCCGAUAUCGAGGAUAUCCUGGAAACUGCUGGAAAGCUGUUUGAGCAUUUAUGCGAUAUCCUAGCCACCCAAUUUAAGGUCUAUGUACUAGCACGUUCUUGGCCCUCGCAGGUAAGACAAUUCAGCGCACUAGUUGAUCGACUGUGUCUUCCUAGUAACGUCUCUUUCCACUACAACCUCCUAUAUGGACAGCUGAUUUGUUCACAGUGCACUAGUUUUCAUUCAAAAUUCAACGCGCUAGUAGGAUAUCGGACAAAUGCUCGAACGACUUGCCAUAAAGCCGUUUGAGCAUUUACUCCUUGAUAGCCAUCUUUAGGUGGGACUAGUAGUGGAAACACAUUACUAGUAAGACAGAGUCAUUCUACUAGUGCGGCCUAGUUGUUCUAUUAGUUCUCUGAUUUGUCUGAUGAGAGAGGAGCUAAAACGUUCUAGUACUAGCCACGGAAGAAAUUCAACUUGUAAGUCAGGGUGCCACUGUUUGUGGGAUUUGGUCCAUUUAUUCGAGGUUACAGUCACAGAUAAAAAGUGAAGGUGGCUAGUGAAUAGAUGACACAAUAUUGUGUCCCAGUGCACGCAACUGACCGUCGCUGAAUCCCCCAAAUCGUUUUCCCGUUUCAUUCCUGAACAACAAUGUCCCCCCUUUUGCUCAGAUGGCCGUCACAUCUUUUUAAUUUUCCACCUGUUUCAUACAAUUGCUUGUUUAAAAGAGAAAAAAAAAAACACGUUCGUGACUUAUAUAGACACGGUCCUGAAUUCACCCAAAUACUUUUAAAGCUGUUUUUAUAUCGUGUGUAUGCUGUACAUGUGCUCAUUUAUUAGUUUGCGUGGAUUUCUCGUUUAAAUCUCUGACCUCACUGUUGGUCGUGCGACCCAGUACACAAAAGGUUACUAAAUACUAAAGCAAUAAACACAUUGACGUCAAUGUUGCAUCGCACUGCAGGAUGAUAUUCUGGUGGUUCCAUGUAGCUUCACCUGGUGAGUCCAGCGUGAUGACGGUCGCGGCGUUAUCCAGGGAUGCCGUCGUCUACUUUCCAAGGUGCUGCCUGCUCCCGAUGCUCUCCUUUUAAGUCUUAUUCAAUUUUCAGGGGUGUCCAGACUUCGGUCUCGGGUCCAUUUUUCUAGCCCCCUACCACAUAUAUUGAAAACUACAGACCCUUUCCAAAACAUUUGAAUAUAAUGGAAAAGUUUGUUUCUUUCCAUAAUUCCAUUCAAAAAGUUAAACUUUCAUAGAUUAUAGAUUGAGGGCCCACAAUUUAAACAAUUUCAAGUAUUUAUUUGUUUAUUCUUUUACAUAAUUUGGCCUUCCAGCUCAUAAAACCCACAAAUCAGAAAUUCUAAAAAUUUGAAUACUGAAGAAAUCAGACCAAAUUUUGCAGGCCAUAAAUGUUUGCAACUGAGUAUCACUAAUCACACUAAUCAUCUACUAAACUCAGAGCACCUGCACAGGUUUCCCCAGGUGUCAUUAAAUUGCUUCAGUUUGGUUCAAUUGUCUCAGUUGGCUUCAAUAUGGGGACUACUGCAGACUUGACAACUGGCCAGAAGACCAUCAUUGAUACACUCCAUAGGAUGGGUAAGCCACAAAAGUUCAUAGCUAAGGCUGGCUGUUCACAGAGUGCUGUGUCCAAGCAUAUCAAUGGAAAGUCUAGUGGCAGGAGAACAUGCACCAGCAAAAGAGAUUACCGUGGGCUUCAGCGGAUUAUCAAACAGAGAUGAUUCAAGAAUCUAGCAAAGAUCCAAAAAGAGUGGAAUGAGGCGGGAGUCACAGCUUCAAAAACCACCACAUGCAAAUGCAUCCGGGAGAUGGUCUACAACUGUCGGGUUCCUCGGAUCAAGCCACUUCUGAGCCUGAGCCGAUGUAGGAAGCGUCUCAACUGUGCCAAGGUGAAGAACGACUGGACUGUUGGCCAGUGGUCCAAGGUCCUCUUUUCCAAUGAAAGUAAAGCGUGCCUUUCAUUCGGGAAUCAAGGUCCAAGGGUUUGGAGGAAGACUGGUGAAGAACAGAACCCAAACUGCUUGAGGUACAGUGUGAAAUAUCCACCGUCAGUCAUGAUUUGGGGUGCAAUGUCCAGUGCAGGUGUUGGCAAACUCUGCUUUCUUAAAUCCAAGGUCACCACAACAGUCUACCAGAAUGUUUUAGAGGACUUGAUGAUUCCUUCUGCUGAGGAUCUGUAUGGAGAUGCAUAUUUCAUCUUCCAGCAGGACCUGGCCCCUGCCCAUACCGCCAGAAGCACCAAAACAUUGUUCGAUACCCACGCCAUCACAGUGCUCGACUGGCCAUCUCAACCCCAUUGAAAAUCUAUGGGGUAUUAUCAAGAGGAAAAUGAGGGGCACCAGACCCACAAACAAAGAAGAACUGACAGCAAGCAUCAAGGAAAUCUGGACUUCCGAGCAAUGGCACAGGCUGAUUGCCUCAAUGCCACGGCGCAUCGAGGCAGUGAUUAAACCAAAGGAAUUCCCAACCAGAUAUUGAAGAUUAACAAAUUGUUUUGAAAGUACCAUAUUUUGAUAGAUUUAAUGCGACUGAAAUAAAUGGCAAUUUCUUCACAGAAUUCAAAUUUUCUGAAUUCCUGAUUUCGUGGGUUUUAUGAGCUGGAAGCCCAAAUUAUGUAAAAAUAAACAAAUACUUGAAAUUGUUUAAAUUGUGGGCCCUGAAUCUCCAAUUUAUGGAAGUUUAACUUUUUGAAUGCAAUCAUGGAAAUAAACAUAAAAAUAAAAGUAUGAAGAAAAAGUGGGGGCGGGGGAUGCGACGCCCCUACUAUGAUUGCUACUACUAUUACGAAUAAUUUGGUUUUAUAUAGAGAUUUUCUGCGGCACAGAGGGCAAGUGGUUAGCACAGCUUACUCACAGUUCGGAGGUCAGGGGUAGGGGUUCGAAUCCAGGCUCUGGCUUGUACUUGUGUGGGUUUUCUCCAGGUACUCUGACUUCCUCCUACAUUCUGAAAAACAUCCAUGUUAGGCUCAUUGAAGAUGAUGGUGGGGGGGGGGGGGGGGGGAACUGACUGACUGACUCUAUAUAAACUAAACAAUUGCUUGAUGCAUAUGCUUUUAGUGUAAGUUGGAAGUAUUUCAAAGUGGCCCUCGGAGGAAAAGUUUGGACACCCCUGCGUUAAACGUACAUUUUCAUUGAAACUCCCCAUUUGCCCCUCACCAGGCAGGUGUAUCACAAUGCUAUUUGUUGGCGUAUUACGCAUUUAUGAUGGCUCAGUCAGUUUUUAUGCUUUUUUUUUUUUUACCUCCUUCUUCCCGGGUUAAUUUGGAUUUUAAAUGAAAGAAAAUGACAGCAGGGCAACUCUGGCCUUGGAUGCAUACAUGAGAUUGUGUAUUGGGUGUAUAGCGUAACGGUCUCUAUCCUGGGGUUUGUCGGUGAAUUAUUGAGAAGCAAAUGGGCAGAGUAGUCACUUGCGAUGUGUUCAGUGGAACGUGUAAAGUGAAGAACAAGUCUCAUGUUUUUAAAAUGGUGAUCAAGCGGGUUGUAAAGCUCUGCGGGCCAUUGGAUGGAUCGGUGUCUGUUUGCUGUGUAUGUUGUCAUGUUAGUAGUUCAACUGUUCAGCGAAAGAAUAUUUUGUUAAUAUUAACCCCCCACCCCACAGAGAUUGCAGAUGUUAAGUGCAUUUGAAGAGGUAUCAAAACAUAGGAAUAAAUGCACCUACCAUCUAUUUAGUGAAUGGACAUGUUGUAGUUCAAGAUGGAUUUGCGAUUUAAGCCUGCCCUGUUAGUCACUGCAUGUCUCUUCUGACCUUUUUGAUUUAUUUAUUCCCAUUUUCGCUUGCUUGUUACCAACUCUCACCCCAUCACCAGUUUCCAGCUGUGAGAAGGCCCAGUUUCCAAAGAGAACACACAUCAUUGUAGCUCCACCACAAAAGCCUGCAGUGACACUAGGUGGAAAAUAUAUCUAUAUAUUAUAUUUGGAUUGUUUCUUUGCGAGCAAAACAAGGUAAUACUGCUGUAUCCACAUUUAGCAUGAGUAGUCGCUGCACCCCGCUCUCCUGACUUCAUGGAGAACAAAAUGAACAGGGCGCGUAGGCACGUGUAACUGCUUGUAUUGAGAGAUGGCUGACAAAUUCCAUAUUCAUUGAAUGUACUGUGUUAUGGUUUUGAAAGCUAGGAGGAGCUCAAAUCUAGUCACCUUUUGUUAUCAGUCCUUUAUUUGUCUAAGGUAUUUUUUGUAUACAAAAGGUUUACAUUUUUAUGUCUAUUUUUCUUGUGUACAAGUUAUGUAAUAUGUGUACAAACACUGUGUGUAAUAUCUGUAUAUAGUGUGACAUAUUUGAUCUUUUGUUUUUGGAUGUAUAAAUAAAACUUGCUGUGAGGUAUUUGCUGACACAAAGA